AUGGCGAGCGAUAACACAUACCUCCGCGAGGAGGCCAUUGACGACUCGGAGGCCGUUGAUGACACCUUCAACGCCGACUCCGUCCACCACCGCCUGCGCGCCAAUUCUACCAUCAUGCAAUUCCAGAAGAUCCUCGUCGCUAACCGAGGCGAAAUCCCUAUCCGUAUCUUCCGUACCGCCCACGAGCUGUCCCUGCAGACCGUCGCCGUCUACUCGUGGGAGGACCGCCUGUCGAUGCACCGACAGAAGGCUGAUGAAGCCUAUAUCAUUGGCAAGCGUGGCCAGUACACCCCCGUCGGCGCCUACCUGGCCGGCAACGAGAUCAUUAAGGUUGCCCUGGAACAUGGCGUGCAGUUGAUCCAUCCCGGCUACGGUUUCCUAUCUGAAAACGCCGAGUUUGCCCGCAACGUUGAGAAGGCUGGCAUUGUCUUCGUCGGUCCUACCCCAGAUACAAUCGAUGCCCUGGGCGACAAGGUGUCUGCCCGUCGCCUCGCGAUCAAGUGCGAAGUCCCUGUCGUUCCCGGUACCGAGGGGCCUGUCGAGAAGUUUGAAGAUGCCAAGGCCUUUACCGAUGAGUAUGGCUUCCCCAUCAUCAUCAAGGCUGCCUUUGGUGGUGGCGGCCGUGGUAUGCGUGUCGUCCGCGACCAGGAGAGUCUCAAGGAUUCCUUCGAGCGCGCUACAUCCGAGGCACGUUCCGCCUUUGGCAACGGUACAGUGUUUAUCGAACGCUUCCUCGACAAGCCAAAGCAUAUUGAGGUCCAAUUGCUAGGUGACAAUGAAGGAAAUGUUGUUCACUUGUACGAGCGUGACUGCUCUGUUCAGCGCCGUCACCAAAAGGUCGUCGAGUUGGCUCCCGCCAAAGACCUGCCCGUCGAAGUGCGCGACAAGAUUCUAGCCGAUGCUGUGAAGCUUGCCAAAUCAGUUCGCUACCGUAAUGCUGGUACUGCCGAGUUCUUGGUUGACCAGCAGAACCGAUAUUACUUUAUCGAAAUCAACCCUCGUAUCCAAGUCGAGCACACCAUUACCGAAGAAAUCACUGGCAUUGAUAUCGUCGCCGCCCAGAUUCAGAUCGCCGCGGGUGCGACAUUGGAACAACUUGGCCUUACACAGGAUCGCAUCUCUACUCGUGGAUUCGCCAUCCAGUGUCGUAUCACGACGGAAGACCCCGCAAAGAACUUCUCUCCAGACACAGGCAAAAUCGAGGUCUACCGAUCCGCUGGUGGUAACGGAGUCCGUCUCGAUGGUGGAAACGGUUUCGCUGGCGCCAUCAUCACACCUCACUACGACUCCAUGUUGGUCAAAUGUACCUGUCUUGGUUCAACUUACGAGAUUGCUCGUCGUAAAAUCAUCCGUGCCCUUAUUGAAUUCCGUAUCCGUGGCGUGAAGACCAACAUUCCUUUCUUGACCUCUCUUCUGUCUCACCCUACCUUCAUCGACGGCAACUGCUGGACAACAUUCAUUGACGAUACCCCAGAGUUGUUCUCUCUCAUUGGCGGCCAAAAUCGUGCCCAGAAGUUGUUGGCCUACCUCGGAGAUAUUGCUGUCAAUGGAAGCAGCAUUAAAGGCCAGAUUGGCGAGCCUAAGCUCAAGAGUGACAUCAUCCAGCCAGUGUUGGUUGAUGAUGCUGGCCAGCCCAUUGAUAUCAGCAAGCCAUCCACCCAGGGCUGGAAGCAGAUCCUGGAUCAACAGGGUCCAGAGGCCUUCGCGAAGGCUGUGCGCGCCAACAAAGGCUGUCUUAUUAUGGAUACCACAUGGCGAGAUGCCCACCAGUCGUUGCUUGCGACGCGUGUGCGAACAGUUGAUCUAUUGAACAUUGCUCGUGAGACUAGCCAUGCUUACAGCAACGCCUACAGUUUGGAAUGCUGGGGUGGCGCUACUUUUGACGUUGCCAUGCGCUUCCUCUACGAAGAUCCCUGGGAUCGUCUGCGUAAGCUCCGCAAGGCUGUUCCCAACAUUCCUUUCCAGAUGCUUCUCCGUGGUGCCAACGGUGUUGCGUAUUCUUCGCUUCCCGAUAAUGCUAUCUAUCACUUCUGCAAACAAGCCAAGAAGGUCGGCGUGGAUAUCUUCCGUAUUUUCGACGCUUUGAACGAUGUUGAUCAGCUCGAAGUUGGUAUCAAGGCUGUCAAGGCGGCUGGCGGUGUAGUCGAAGCUACUAUGUGCUACAGUGGUGAUAUGUUGAACCCAAGCAAAAAAUACAACCUAGAAUACUACCUUAACUUAGUUGACAAGAUUGUCGCCAUGGGUACACAUGUGCUGGGUAUCAAAGAUAUGGCCGGUGUCCUCAAGCCAAAGGCAGCUACCCUCCUGGUUGGUGCUAUUCGCAAGAAAUACCCGGACCUUCCCAUCCACGUCCACACCCACGACUCUGCUGGUACUGGUGUUGCGUCGAUGGUUGCCUGUGCCCAAGCUGGCGCUGAUGCUGUUGACUGCGCUACCGACAGCUUGUCUGGUAUGACCUCGCAACCCAGCGUUGGUGCCGUCUUGGCUUCUCUCGAAGGCACCGAUUUUAACCCGAACCUUAACGUCCGACACAUUCGCGCCAUCGACGGAUACUGGCAACAGUUGCGCCUUCUCUACUCUCCUUUCGAAGCUGGCUUGACUGGCCCAGAUCCAGAGGUCUACGAACACGAAAUUCCUGGCGGCCAGCUUACCAACCUUAUCUUCCAGGCCAGCCAACUUGGUCUCGGUGCCCAGUGGGCGGAGACGAAGAAAGCAUACGAGACAGCCAACGAUUUGCUUGGCGAUAUCGUCAAAGUCACUCCUACGUCCAAGGUUGUUGGUGACCUGGCUCAAUUCAUGGUGUCCAACAAGCUCAGCGCCCAGGAUGUUAUCGACCGGGCUGAACAGCUAGACUUCCCGGGCUCCGUCUUGGAGUUCCUCGAGGGUCUCAUGGGCCAACCAUACGGUGGAUUCCCCGAGCCAUUGCGCUCCAAGGCCUUGCGCAACCGCCGCAAGCUCGACAAGCGGCCUGGUCUUUACCUCGAACCCCUCGAUCUGGCCAAGAUUAAGAACGACAUCAAAGAGAAAUUCGGCAACGCCACCGAAACCGACGUUGCCAGUUACGCCAUGUACCCGAAGGUCUUCGAAGACUACCGCAAGUUCGUGCAGAAGUACGGUGAUCUGUCCGUGCUUCCCACGCGGUUUUUCUUGGCCUCGCCCGCCAUUGGAGAGGAAUUUCACGUCGAGCUUGAGCAGGGUAAAGUGCUCAUCCUGAAGUUGCUCGCGGUUGGCCCUCUGUCCGAACAGACCGGCCAGCGUGAAGUCUUCUACGAAGUCAACGGUGAAGUCCGCCAGGUCACGGUCGACGACAACAAGGCCGCAGUUGACAACGAAGCUCGCGUCAAGGCCGACCCCAGCGACAGCAGCCAAGUCGGCGCGCCCAUGAGCGGUGUCGUUGUCGAGGUGCGCGUUACCGAGGGCCACGAAGUCAAGAAGGGCGACCCCAUUGCUGUGCUCAGUGCCAUGAAGAUGGAAAUGGUCAUCUCCGCGCCUCACCACGGAAAGGUCUCGAGUCUUUCAGUCAAAGAAGGCGAUUCCGUCGACGGACAGGAUCUCGUUUGCAGGAUUGCCAAAUAA